AAACAUUUCCAGCCACACAGAAGCAAGAUGAGCUCAAAGACUCCCCUUCUCUGGCUGCUGCUUUUCUGGAUUCAGGGUUCCAGUGGGCAGAUUGUCAUGACUCAGACUCCAGAAUCUCUCUCAGUGUCUGUGGGAGAGACCGUCACUAUCAAAUGCAAAGCCAGCACAAGCAUUAGCAACUACAUCGCUUGGUACCAACAGAAACCUGGACAGGCUCCCAAGCUUCUUAUCUCUUACACCAGCAACCGUCCCACGGGCAUCCCAGACCGGUUCAGUGGCAGUGGGUCAGGCACUGACUACACAUUCACAAUCAGCAGAGUUGAAGCUGAUGAUGCUGGAGAUUAUUACUGUCAGCAGUAUAACAACUUCCCUCUCACAGUGAUACAGACCAAUACAAAAACCUCCCUGCUCUAUGAAGCACCUGUCAAGAUGCUCUCCCAGGCCCAGCUUCUCUGGAUACUAGUGCUUUGGAUUCAGGACUCCUAUGGCCAAAUUGUUCUGACUCAGACUCCAGAAUCCCUGUCAGUGUCGCCUGGAGAGAGAGUCACCAUCAACUGCAAAGCCGGUACCAGCAUUAGCAACUACUUAGGCUGGUACCAACAGAAACCAGGACAAGCGCCUAAGCUACUUAUCUAUGAUUCUACCAACCGUGUCUCUGGGAUCCCAGCCCGGUUCAGCGGCAGUGGGUCUGGGACUGAUUUCACUCUCACAAUCAGCAGCGUUGAAGUUGAAGAUGCUGGAGAUUAUUACUGUCAGCAACGCCAGAGCCUCCCUCUCACAGUGAUACAGACCAUUACAAAAACCUCCCUCUAA